AUGGUUUCAGACACGUGGGUGUACAGGGAUCCUCUGCCGCGCGGCCCAGGAUUGGUCACGCAGCCCACUGCAGUGCGGCGCCUCAACCUGUGGGGUGGGAAGAGGUGUCUUCAGAAAAGAGAUCCUUCACAACGCCCAUCUCUCAGUGUCAUUCUCAUAUUCAUGGAUGAAGCUCUCUCUGUUCUACAAGGAGCCAUCUCCGGCAUCAUCAGCUGGACACCCUCUCAAUUGUUGAAGGAGAUCAUCUUAGUGGACGGUUUUAGCUCAAAUGAAUUAAAGGCAUACUUGGAUGAGAAGAUUAAGCUUUACAACCAGAAGUCUCCAGGACUACUGAAAAUAAUACGGCACACCAAGAGAAAAGGUCUUGCUGCUGCUCGCAACACCGGCAGAGAGGUGGCCACGGCUGACGUGCUUGCCAUCUUGGAUGCUCAUGUUGAAGUGAACGUUGGAUGGGAAGAACCCAUCUUGGCGCAGAUUCAGGAAGACCGCACCAUGGUCGUGUCUCCUGUGUUUGACAACAUUCUUUUUGACACCUUUAAACUGGAUAAGUAUGCAUUAGCAUUUGACAGGUUUAAUUGGGAACGAUGGUGCCACUAUGAUUCACUGCCAAAGGCCUGGAUUGAUCUGCAUGAUGUCACCGCUCCUGUGAAGAGUCCUUCCAUCAUGGGCAUCCUGGCUUCCAACAGGCUCUUCUUGGGAGAGAUUGGAUCUCUGGAUGGUGGGAUGCUGACCUAUAGAGGGGAGAACGUGGAACUUAGACUGAGGGUGUGGCAAGGCAGUGGGAGAGUCAAGGUCUUGCCCUGCUCUCGGGUUGCCCACCUGGAGAGAUACCACAAGCCCUACUCCUUGGACCUGAGUAUUCCCUUGAAGCAUAACGCCAUGAGAGUGGCUGAAAUCUGGAUGGGUGAGUACAAAGACAUGGUCUACAUGACCUGGAACGUACCUCUCCAGAACUCUGGAAUUGAUUUUGGAGACGUUUCUUCCAGAAUGGCACUCCAGAAGAAACUGAAAUGCAAAACUUUUGACUGGUAUCUGAAAAAUGUUUAUCCAGUCCUGAAGCCAAUCCACAGCACUGCGGGCUACGGAAGAAUGAAAAACCCAUUGGAUGAAAGUGUCUGCCUGGACCAGGGAGCUAUUCCAGGCAACAUGAUCAUGUAUUAUUGCCAUCAGUACAGUUCCCAGAAUGUCUACUACCACCCAACUGGGGAAGUCUAUGUGGGACCACUGAUUGCUGAGACAGACAUUGAUGACUGCUGUCUGACACACCCUGGCAAAGAGGAGAAACCUACUUUAGAGCCAUGUUCCAAGGCAGUCAAAAAUAGACUACUGCACAUACACUGGGAUUUUAAACCGGGAAGAGCCGUCCUAAACAGAACCACCAAACGAUGUCUGGAGACAAAGAGGGACACUUCAGGUGGCUACAUGUUUGCUCUCCAGACCUGCACCACACAAGUGUGGGCGCUCCAGUACACUGUUGGAAACUGGGGGUCAAACCAACGCCCAGCCAAAGACCUGGGUCCUAGUCAUGGCGCCGCCGUUAACGAGCUGCAGGACCUGCAGGCAGCUCAACUGGUGACACACGUCCUCCUGGGCAUCACCUCCAGGAAUCAGGUCUUGGGCCAACGGGAAGGGGUGCCUAGAGCCCACUCCUCGCUCUGCUGUGGGAAGGGCCUGGUGGGUGACACCUGGCCCCCCAAGGCCCCCGACUUCCAGGUGUCCUGA